GGGACACCCUGUAUCGGUGUAUACUGUAUCGCCGGACGUAGAACUUUAACACUCGACAAUUCUUGGAGUCGAUGAAAAAAAUUGUUUCACUUACGUAGAUAUUAAAUUUUACUUAUUCUCUAAACAAAAUUUUCUCUCACAAUCAUAAUAAAAGUUGCUUUUAAAUUCGUGUAGUAUCUGAAGCUGUAUUGCGUGAUAAAUAUUUACGAGGAAAUUAUUUCGAGACACAAUACGUGUUUUUGUCCUUGUACUUUACAAAUCGCUUACAACUAAUUUAAAUAAAUUUCACGUAAACCCAACAGUUAAACCGUACGAGUAUCAUUUCGUCUAGAAGCGCUUCACUUUCACAACUUUUUCAGUCGGGAUGCCGUUCAGCUGGUUACAAAACUGUUUCUUAAUAGCAACAAGAAUAAUGUUUAUACUUCUUGUCUAAAAAUUCAUGUGGCUGUCCAUACGUGCCGUUCUCUUACGAACGAAAGAAGUGAAAGUUCUGCGCGUUCGUUUCAAAACUAGCUGCAUCUGAAAUAUUUCUCAACUGGACAAAUGGAUCGUCAUCGUCUAUGUUAACGCUGCAUCUUAUUGAUAACGCCAAACCCUAGAAUGAGAAGUUCAUUGGAUAGCACCGAAAGCGGAGGGAGUAGCGGUUUACCGCCGUGCAUUGCUGGGCAACGCAAGAAACGAUUCCCUUCCAGGUGGUCGCUUAGACAUCUCAUUUACUCGUCGCCACUGGCUCGCCGGAGAAGCUCCAACGGUGGCGGAUCAUCAAAGGUACCCAAGAAAGGAGAUGCAAAUUAUUCGGGAAAGGAUAUAUUUGAUGGCAAACCAGGACACCCUUCAAAAGAGAACGAUAAAUUCCCCAUAGAAUUAAAUCGCGCAUCAAGCAAGACCUCGGUAUACGCGUCAAGUAUCAAGAGUGGAGAUGGAGGUGCCCUAUCCAACCAAUGUGGGGAGUGUCCACUAUGUCUAGCAGAAGUAGCUUCAGAUGAUUUCUGUGAACUCUCGGCUUGCAGGCAUAGAGCAUGCAUAUCCUGUUUUCAGCAGUACUUAAAAGUUGAAAUCACCGAAUCUAGGAUUUCUAUUUCGUGCCCGGAAUGCCUCGAGCCAAUGCAUCCAAAUGAAAUUAGAGCUAUUUUAAAUAACCCAACAUUAUUUGAAAAAUAUGAAGAUUUCAUGGUGCGAAGAGUACUGGCUGUGGAUCCCGAUACAAGGUGGUGUCCAGCGCCCGAUUGUUGUUUCGCGGUAAUCGCAUCUGAGUGCGCGAGCUGUCCGAAGAUCAAGUGCGAGAGGCCGGGUUGCGAUUCCUAUUUUUGCUAUCACUGCAAAGCGGAAUGGCAUCCCAAUCAAACUUGCGACGCUGCGAGAGCGCAACGUUCACCGAACAUACGUUCGUCUUCGAUUGCGUACAGUCAAGAUUCGCAGCAUAGAGACGAUAUAAAACCCUGUCCCCGCUGUCAAGUGUUGAUCGUUAAAAUGGACGACGGUUCCUGCAAUCACAUGAUGUGCGCCGUAUGCGGCUCGGAGUUUUGUUGGCUGUGCAUGAAAGAAAUCAACGAUUUACAUUUCCUGAGCCCAUCGGGUUGUACAUUUUGGGGAAAGAAACCGUGGUCCAGGAAGAAGAAGAUUCUUUGGCAGCUAGGCACGUUGGUCGGUGCUCCUGUUGGGAUAGCUUUAGUGGCGGGAAUUACGGUGCCUGCUAUGAUAAUAGGCAUUCCGGUAUGGGUCGGGAAGAAACUAUACGCCCGCUAUAAGACUGCUAAUAAACACAAAAGAAACAUUGCCAUUGUUGGCGGUGUUUUAGCAUCGAUAAUGAUAUCCCCGCUAUUGGCCGGUCUCGCAGUAGGAAUUGGAGUUCCCAUUUUGUUAUUCUACGUCUACGGCGUCGUUCCUGUUUCGCUAUGCCGUAGCGGCGGAUGCGGAGGUUCGUCAACGUCCGACGAUUUAACAUCGAGGGCACCUGACGCCACAUCGGUAGAUGCGGUCAGCACUAAGGGAGGCGCGAAUCCAAGUAUAGGCGAAGCUAGUCUCAGCCUAGCAUCGGGUAGUCAAGCGCACCUUGGUGAAGCAGACAGGGAGAGUGCUAGUAUGGUAGCUUUAAACGGUAGCAUAAAUCAAACUGGCCAGCGUCUAGAAGUUCAAGCAGACUUGGUUUCCGCACAACGCUUCAGUCUUAGUAGUCUAACCGAAUCGGUCAAUGCAAGUUUAACUUUAGAUGACGGUGGUGCUAGUUUAAAAGCUUUGGCAGGUUCGGUAAUUAAUUAUAAGGCUGCCGGAAGCGACUCUUGUAGUUGCAUAACAACGGAAGACUGCACCUCCGAACGUGUUCGAUUCGACGAUAAUGUUAGUUUUAUAGCGUCCUCGCAAGCCGAAAAGACAAGCAUCGGCAGCAGUUGCAGUUUUAGAGCGCGCUGCUCUCGGGCUUCGAUGGGCAAGGUAUCUCCUCUUCAGGACACAGUUUCGAAUGAUAGUAUCUGUAUAGAUAUUGAGGAAAAAGCCCCUCGCAAAUAUUCGUCGCAAUCAGCCAUUUUGCGGUCUCAAUUUUUUCACUCCAUUAACGAGUGCAGACCGACGACCAAAAGCCUAGACGAAAAAACUAUCAUGGAAGUCUCCAAUGAAACAUUAGAUAAGCCCUCGGUGUCGUUGAUUAAGGAAAAGAAAAAUAUUGUCAUCUGUCAACUGCAGCCUGCUUCAUCUACAAUUUCUUUAGAUGAAAAUGGUCCACAUGGAAAAUCAAUAGGAGAAAUUGAAGCUGAGAGUGUUGCUAAUCCGCUAAUUAGUGAUGCCCAAGAUAUACUGCUUUGUUAUUCUUUGUUUGCCAAAAGUGAUUCGAGUCAUUAAACUUCGAAAUUUACAGCUAAAAGUUACCCUACUUUAUUGGAAAAGACUGAUAUGAAUUAUUAUUAAAUUAUUUUUUAAUGUUUUAUGUCAAACUUUGUUGUGUAAUGUUUAAGAAUGAGAUCUUAAAUGAUACAGUUUUAUAUACAUAAAAAAAAUUAUAAGUUGUAUAAAAUAUCAGUUUGCAAUAUUUUUAUAUAUUUUUUAAUUUAUCGUCUUUGGAGGGCUUUUCAGAUGUGUAUUUUUAAAGGUUUUCCCAGCAAUGAGCAAGGAUGCUCUUUUUUUUUUUCUGGCAUUUUACAUUUUGUUUUAAUUAAGUAAAAAUACACAUUAAAUUUACACAAAUAUCUUUUCUGUAUAUUAACGAUAUGAUGUGUAAUUCUCUGGUGCAGAGAACUUUUGUAACUAUAUACGAGCUAUUUAAGCAGUAAAUAUAUUUCUUCUGU